AUGAGCGCCAUUCUUUCAGCCGACGACCUCAACGACUUCAUCAGUCCCGGCGUCGCCUGCAUCAAACCCAUCGAGACCCUGCCGACUGCCCCUCCUCAAGAUGCCUCGCUCGAGCACGAAGUCAUCCUCGACGGCCAGCAACCCUCAACGAACGCGCCGCCGGCAGAGAUCUCUCUUACCGACUGCCUUGCAUGUUCCGGCUGCGUGACCUCGGCCGAAGCUGUCCUAGUCAGCCUCCAGAGUCACUCUGAAGUUCUGAACUCCUUGGACUCGGGCCCGGCUCUUCGCGUCCUCGGCCCAGACGCCCAGGGAAAGUUCUCGGUCGAAGGCUUGGAAGACGAGUCGAGGAAUUUAUAUGUGGCUAGCGUGUCGCCCCAGACGAGGGCGAGUUUGGCAGCCGCAUGCGGCGGUGGCGUGACGGAACGACAAGCCGGACACAUGCUGGAGAGAUUGCUCAUGGGUCCGGAGGGCCUCAAGGCUGGUGGAAAGUUUGGUAACGGAUUCACAUGGAUCACCGAUACAAACACUGCGCGCGAGACAUGCCUUGUCCUCGGCUCAGACGAGGUACUGAAUCAGACCUCAUCUUCUCCUUCCAAACCCAUCCUCACCUCAUCCUGCCCCGGAUGGGUGUGCUAUGCCGAGAAGACACAUCCAUAUGUUCUCCCACACCUCUCGAAAGUCAAAUCACCCCAGGCCUUGAUGGGUACUCUCUUGAAGACUACCCUCAGUCGGACGCUGGGGAUUCCGCCUGACAGGAUAUGGCAUCUGGCAAUCAUGCCAUGCUUCGACAAAAAGCUCGAGGCUAGCCGGGAAGAGCUGACAGAUGCUGUGUGGGGAGGAGAUGGAAAACCAGCCAGGGGCGUCCGCGAUGUUGACUGUGUCAUCACGAGCAAGGAGAUCUUUAUGCUCACAGAGUCGAGGAACAUUGACUUCUUCAGUCUAUCGAAAACGUCUCCCUUGGAGAACACUCCUGUCUUUCCUGACCCCAUACUCCAAGACUUCCUCUUUCCCAAACGGAGGAAGGGAUCACAGCCCCAAGAGGCUGGCAGCUCUGGAGGGAACCUUUAUUAUAUCCUGCAGGAUGUUCUGGCCCGGAAUCCCGGCUCCCACCUGCAAACCACCCGAGGGAGGAAUGUCGACGUGAUGGAGUACAUCAUUAACUCGGCAUCUGGCGAGCCUAUCUUCAAGGCAGCGAGAUACUACGGUUUCCGCAAUAUCCAGAACCUAGUCCGCAGACUGAAGCCUGCGAAGGCGUCAAGGAUGCCCGGGGGCAAACCUUUCGGGAGUGCACGAAGGCCAACGGGUAAGGCCGCCGGCCUUGAGCACGCCUAUGUUGAGGUCAUGGCGUGCCCUGGAGGGUGCACCAACGGAGGGGGCCAAGUCAAGGUCGACGAUCAAGUCAUUCUUGAACGGAGGAAUCUCGGCACAAAGCCAGGUCCAGACGAACAGAAAGCGCUGCUGGCGGAAGUGGACGAGGCGUACUUUUCAUCAGGUGAAGAGCAUGCGGCUCCUGGAUCCGACCUGAACGGAGAUCAGAGGCCUGACCAAGUGGCCGGCAUUAGCCCGGCGCAUAUUCGAGAUACCCUGGCGCAUUGGUCGCGCCUUACCGGCAUCAAUCUGGAGAGAUUGGUGUUUACGACGUAUCGGGAAGUCAUCAGUGAUGUCGGCAAGGCCAAGCCAAGCGACUCUGAGCGCGUCGUCCAGCUGGCCGGCAAGGUCGGCGGUGGAUGGUAG